GAUACGUAGCGAUUGGUCAGAUAAAUGAAAGGGGAAUGCCCAAUGUUUAUGUCUGUUUCGUACCAGGACAGCAAUUUAUAGUGACGCGACUUAACAACAUAUCUCAGCUGAUUAAAUCUCCGUGACAUUGGAAUAUCUCACCUGGUGAUGUUUACUGGAAUGUAACAGUAUUGGAUUUAAUUGUAUUGUCACUACGUCUAUCGUCUUGACUACCAUAUCUGUUGUUUUGGCUACUACGCCUAUUGAUUUAUACGUAAGAUUGUCAUCUAUUGUAAAGCCCUAUGGUGGUGCUGUAAUAUAAAAUGGCCGACAGUGUGAGGGAAAAUGGACCAGCGGUGAUAGUUGAAGUGAGUCCAUCAGUACCAUUAACAGAUCUACAUCAUGAUGAAAGCAUUCCAGACUACGGGCACGUUGCUCAUGAAGUUGAAAUAUCGGCGGAAGAUGAAAAACCAACAUAUACCUUCAGAAACAAAUUAAAACUACAAAAGUUUGCUUCCGCCUGUGACAGCAAAGAGCAAAAAUAUAUCCGAGAACAACAAGAAAUCAAUGAAAAUGAGAACAACAAUGAGAAGGGAACAAUAUUAGCAGCACAGGCUUUGUUAGAUAUCUCACCUACGACCAAUGGCGAAGACAAAUUAUUUCCGCACCACCAAGGUUCAGCGACGUCAAGUCCGGCUGACAGUGGAGUGUCAACGGAAGGUGAACAGAUGAUAACUAUCACAGAGAUAUGUGAUGACAAAAGUAAAUUAAAAUGUAAAGAAAAAUAUAAAUAG